AUACAGAUCGGAAGAACAACCCAUCCAUAUCCAAAUCCAUAUCUCAGUUGGCGUGCAGGAAACUCCAACCGAUUAAUUAUUUUCAUUCCUCAAAUUAUUUCUUUUAUAUAUAUAUACACACAGCAAAAGCAAAUUCCAGUUAUCUCCCCCCUCCUUCUCUCUCUUCUUCCUCAAUUAAUUUCCAUGGCGUCGCCCGUUGAGAAACCCUUGCCGGAGUCCGCCGCCGCCGCCGCCGCUCGCCGUCCUCGAGUGAACCUGUUUGCGAUCGACGCCGGGCUGAGGAUGGUGCUGUUCGCGGCGGCGGUGGCGACCGUGGUGGUCACCGUCACGAGCAAGCAGACGGUGGUCAAUAAACUCCGAGGCGUGCCCCCCGGAUUCCCCGUCCAGGCCAAGUUUGAUGACUCCCCUGCUUUCAUAUACUUCGUGACCGCAUUAUCGGUGACGGCUCUUUACAGUCUCAUUACUGCUCUCGCUUCCGUUUCCGUCAUCUCAAACCCCAAUCUCUCUGCCAAGUUCUUGCUUCAUUUUGCUUUCUUGGAUGCGUUGAUAUUGGGGGUGGUGGCGUCGGCCACAGGGACUGCGGGUGGAGUCGCAUACAUAGGAUUGAAAGGGAACUCGCACGUGCAAUGGAACAAAGUGUGUUACGCCUUCGACAAGUUCUGCCGCCACAUAGGCGGCGCUCUGGCGGCGUCGCUGUUCGCCUCGGUCGUGCUCGCGCUGCUGAUUUGGCUCUCCGUUUUCUCUCUCCACGCGCGCAUCCGCAAGUAGACUUCACUUCCUCUUUUGAAGCUCUCGAUUAGGUCCGCGCGUGUUUGACACAGCCUCUGGAUUUACUCGUAAAUGUGUCGUCCAAAAUUUGUUCCGUUCCGGUGUUGUUAAUUUAUAGAUAUAAUUGUUGCGGACAAAAAAUCUUAAUUUAAUUUGUUUUCCUAAUCUUGUUUUUAGGGCGUGCUUGUAUGAUUAAAUUUGAAGUAAGAUCUCAUAUGAUUGCCUUGUAUAUUGUAUGGUUGUGGAUAUUUUUAGCUAUGUUUAACAAAUUAAUUUUGUGUUCAAUUA